CCUCCUCGCACGGGGGCCCGGCCACUCGGAGCAGCUCCGCCGCGGGGACUGCACCUCCCGCCUGCCGGACCCGCCCCGACCGGGGCUCGACGCCGCCGCCGCCGCACCGAGACCGCGGGCCGCGCGCCCUCGGCUGGGCUCCGGUGCUGAGCGCGCAGGCUGUGUGACCGGGACUCCGCGAGAGACUGAGGACAGGACCGAGGAGAGGACCGGAAGGAGGGGCGGGCUCCUGGCAAGGCAUUCGCUCCUGGACGAGUCCUGCAAAAGAUGGAGAAGGAGGAGGAGACAACGCGGGAGCUGCUGCUGCCCAACUGGCAGGGCAGCGGCUCCCACGGGCUGACCAUUGCCCAGAGGGACGAUGGCGUCUUCGUGCAGGAGGUCGUGCAGAACUCCCCUGCGGCCCGCACGGGGGUGGUCAAGGAGGGGGACCAGAUUGUGGGUGCCACCAUCUACUUUGACAACCUGCAGUCGGGCGAGGUGACGCAGCUGCUGAGCACCAUGGGGCACCACACGGUGGGACUGAAGCUGCACCGGAAGGGGGACCGCUCCCCUGAGCCGGGCCAGACCUGGACGCACGAAGUCUUCAGCUCCCGCUCCUCUGAGGUGGUUCUGAGCGGGGAUGACGAGGAGUACCAGCGCAUCUAUGCCACGAAGAUCAAGCCCCGGCUGAAGUCGGAGGACGGAGUGGAAGGGGAGCCUGGGGAGACCCAGAGCCGCACCAUCACGGUGACCAGAAGGGUCACGGCCUACACUGUGGACGUGACGGGCCGGGAAGGAGCCAAGGACAUCGACAUCAGCAGCCCUGAGUUCAAGAUCAAGAUUCCACGGCACGAGCUGACCGAAAUCUCCACUGUGGAUGUGGAGACCCAGUCUGGGAAGACCGUGAUCAGGCUGCCCUCGGGCUCGGGGGCGGCGUCUCCGGCCACAGGCUCUGCCGUGGACAUUCGAGCAGGCUCCAUUGCCACCUCGGGACCAGAGCUCCACGGUGCUGGCCACUCGAAGCUGCAGGUCACCGUGCCUGGGAUCAAGGUGGGAAGCCCAGACAUCAGUGUCGGUGCAAAGGGCUUGGACUUGGGCGGCAAAGGGGGGAUCCACGCUCCAGGAGUGGGCAUUUCGUCUUCUCUUGGCGGUGGGGCAAUAGAGGUUCAGGGCCCAUCUCUUGAGAGUGACAAUAAUGGGAAAAUUAAAAUUCCCACCAUGAAGAUGCCAAAAUUUGGUGUCUCAACAGGGCCCCAGCACCAGGCCCCAGAGGCAGGGUUGAGUGUUUCUGCACCUGAAUUCUCUGUGGGGCACAAGGGAGGCCAGCCAGGCAUGACCAUCGGUGGGAACAUCCAGGCCCCUCAGGUGGAAGUCAGUGCUCCCUGUGCCACGGUUCAGGGGCUUAAGGGGAAACUGAAGGGCCCCCAAGUUACCGGGCCAUCAUUUGAGGGAGACCUAGGCCUGAAAGGUGCCAAGCCACAGGGGAGCAUAGGGGUGGACAUCUCUGCUCCCCAAAUCAAGGGCACCAUCACCGGCCCCCAUGUGGAAGGUCAAGGCCCUGAUGUUGAUAUUCAUGGGCCUGGAGGCAAACUAAAUAUGCCCAAGAUGAAAGCUCCCAAAUUCUCUGUGUCAGGAUCUAAGGGAGAGGGAACUGGAAUUGACGUGACACUACCCACAGGUGACAUGACUCUUCCUGGGGUCUCUGGGGGCGUCAGCCUGCCCGAGGUUGCUACCGGGGGGCUGGAAGGGAAGCUGAAGGGUACUAAAGUCAAGACUCCUGAAAUGAUUAUUCAGAAACCUAAAAUCUCCAUGCAGGAUGUGGAUCUGAGCCUUGGGUCCUCCAAGCUGAGAGGAGAUAUUAAGGUUUCCGCUCCGGGAAUGCAAGGUGAUGUCAAAGGCCCUCAAGUGGCAGUUAAAGGCUCCAGAGUGGACAUAGAGACACCCAGCCUAGAGGGGACUCUGGUAGGACCGAAGCUGAGUGGUCCUUCUGGAAAAAUGGGAACCUGCAGUAUCUCCAUGGCAGACGUAGACUUAAAUGUGGCUGCACCUAAAGUGAAAGGGGGUGUAGAUGUCACCCUCCCCAAAGUAGAAGGGAAAGUCAAAGUCCCCGAGAUGGAUGUCAAAGGCCCCAAAGUGGAUGUCAGCGCCCCAGAUGUGGAACUUCAUGGCCCGGAAUGGAACCUGAAAAUGCCCAAGAUGAAAAUGCCCAAGUUCAGCACUUCAGGAGUCAAAGGAGAAGGCUCAGACAUAGAUGUAAAUCUACCCAAAGGAGAUGUCCGGAUUACGGGGCCCAACGUCAACAUGGAAGCUCCAGAUGUCAACAUAGGAGGCCUGGGGGGCAAACUUAAAGGUCCUGAUAUGAAGUUGCCUGAAGUGAGUGUCAAGACACCAAAGAUCUCCAUGCCUGACGUAGAUCUGCAUGUUAAAGGCCCCAAGGUGAAAGGAGAGUACGAUGUGACGGUACCAAAACUUGAAGGGGAACUGAAAGGCCCCCAGAUGGACGUUAAUGCCCCAGAUGUGGAUGUUCACGGCCCAGAAUGGCAUCUGAAGAUGCCCAAGAUGAAAAUGCCCAAGUUCAGUGUGCCAGGGCUCAAAGCAGAGGGCCCAGAUGUGGAUGUGAACCUCCCCAAGCCUGAUGUGGACAUUUCCGGGCCCAAGGUAGAUGUGACGGCUCCAGAUGUGAGAAUUGAGGGACCAGAAGGAAAAUUGAAAGGACCCAAAUUUAAGAUGCCCGAGAUGAAUAUCAAGGCCCCGAAGAUCUCCAUGCCAGAUGUGGACUUACAUUUGAAAGGCCCUAGUGUAAAAGGAGAAUACGAUGUUACGGCGCCAAAGGCUGAAGGUGAGAUUAAAGUUCCUGAUGUUGAACUUAAAAGUGCCAAGUUGGACAUUGAUGUUCCGGAUGUGGACGUUCAAGGCCCAGACUGGAACCUGAAGAUGCCCAAAAUGAAGAUGCCCAAGUUCAGCGUGCCGGGCUUCAAAGCAGAGGGCCCAGAUGUGGAUGUGACCCUGCCUAAAGCGGACAUUGGCAUCUCAGGACCCAAGGUGGAUGUUGACGUUCCAGAUGUGAAUAUUGAAGGACCUGAAGGGAAGCUGACGGGUCCCAAGUUUAAGGUGCCUGAGAUGAACAUCAAGGCCCCCAAGAUCUCCAUGCCUGAGGUGGACUUGCACAUGAAAGGUCCGAAGGUAAAGGGAGAAUAUGACGUUACAGUGCCAAAGCUGGAAGGUGACCUGAAAGGGCCAAAAGUAGAUGUCAGUGCCCCAGAUGUUGAACUUCAUGGUCCUGAUUGGAACCUCAAGAUGCCAAAGAUGAAAAUGCCCAAAUUUACCAUGCCCAGCCUCAAAGGAGAGGGUCCAGAAUUGGAUGUGAACCUGCCCAAGGCUGAUGUAGACCUUUCUGCACCCAAGAUCGAUGUUAGUGCUCCAGAUCUGAGCCUUGAGGGACCUGAAGGGAAGUUGAAAGGCCCCAAGUUUAAGAUGCCUGAGAUGCACUUCAAAGCUCCUAAGAUGACUCUGCCAGAUGUUGACCUCAAUCUUAAAGGACCCAAAAUGAAAGGAAACCUAGAGAUGUCUGCACCAAAACUAGAAGGUGAGAUGACAGUUCCAGAUGUGGACCUCAAAGGGCCCAGUGUAGACAUUAAAGCACCAGAUGUGGAAGGACAAGGUGGAGACUGGAGCCUGAAGAUGCCCAAGAUGAAAAUGCCCAAGUUCAGCGUGCCUGGCUUCAAAGCAGAGGGCCCAGAAGUGGAUGUGACCCUGCCCAAGGCUGACAUCGACAUCUCUGGACCCAAGGUGGACAUUGAAGCUCCAGACGUGAGCCUUGAGGGACCAGAAGGGAAGCUGAAGGGCCCCAAGUUCAAGAUGCCUGACAUGCACUUCAAGGCCCCCAAGAUCUCCAUGCCUGAUGUGGACUUCAACUUGAAAGGCCCCAAAGUCAAAGGGGAUGUGGAUGUGUCAGUGCCCAAGAUAGAAGGUGAAAUGAAAGUGCCAGAUGUGGACAUCAAAGGACCCAAAGUGGACGUUGAUGUCCCAGAUGUGGAUGUGCAUGGACCAGACUGGCACCUGAAGAUGCCCAAGAUGAAAAUGCCCAAGUUCGGCAUGCCAGGCUUCAAAGGAGAGGGCCCAGAAGUGGACGUGAACCUGCCCAAAGCUGACAUUGACAUCUCCGGACCCAAGGUGGACAUUGAAGCUCCAGACGUGAGCCUUGAGGGACCAGAAGGGAAGCUGAAGGGCCCCAAGUUCAAGAUGCCUGACAUGCACUUCAAGGCUCCCAAGAUCUCCAUGCCUGAUGUGAAUUUGAAUCUUAAGGGACCAAAACUAAAAGGAGAUGCGGAUGUGUCUUUGCCUGAUGUAGAAGGUGAAAUAAAAGUGCCAGAUGUCAACCUUAAAGGGCCCAAAGCUGACAUCAGUGCUCCAGAUGUGGAUAUUCACGGCCCAGACUGGCACCUGAAGAUGCCCAAGGUGAAGAUGCCCAAGUUCAGCAUGCCGGGCUUCAAAGGCGAGGGCCCAGAAGUGGAUGUGACCCUGCCCAAGGCUGACCUUGAUGUCUCAGGACCCAAGGUGGACGUUGAAGGUCCAGAUGUGAACAUCGAAGGCCCAGAUGCGAAACUAAAAGGUCCUAAAUUUAAGAUGCCAGAGAUGAACAUAAAGCCUCAGAAGAUACCAAUACCAGAUGUUGGUUUGCAUUUGAAAGGUCCUAAAAUGAAAGUAGAUUAUGACGUGACUGCCCCAAAAGUAGAAGGAGAGAUACAGACUCCUGAUGUCAACAUUAAAGGACCCAAAGUAGACAUUAAUGCACCAGACAUGGGAGUUCAUGGCCCAGACUGGCACCUGAAGAUGCCCAAGGUGAAAAUGCCCAAGUUCAGCAUGCCGGGCUUCAAAGGAGAGGGCCCAGAUGUGGAUGUGAACCUGCCCAAAGCCGACAUUAAUGUCUCUGGACCCAAGAUGGACAUUAAUGCUCCAGAUGUGACUCUUGAAGGUCCGGAGGGGAAACUGAAGGGCCCCAAGUUCAAGAUGCCAAGCAUGAAUAUACAGACACACAAAAUUUCUAUGCCUGAUGUUGGACUUAACCUGAAAGCUCCUAAACUGAAAACCGAUGUCGAUGUUUCCCUUCCUAAAGUGGAAGGAGACUUGAAAGUUCCUGAAAUAGAUGUGAAAGCCCCUAAGGUGGAUGUGGAUGUUGGAGAUAUUGAUAUUGAAUGUCCUGAAGGAAAGAUAAAAGGCCCUAAGUUUAAGAUGCCAGACAUGCACUUCAAGGCCCCCAAGAUCUCCAUGCCUGAUGUGGACUUACACUUGAAAGGCCCCAAGGUCAAAGGGGAUGUGGAUGUCUCUGUGCCCAAGAUAGAAGGUGAAAUGAAAGUGCCAGAUGUGGACCUCAAAGGGCCCAAAGUGGACGUCGAUGUCCCAGAUGUGGAUGUGCAUGGACCAGACUGGCACCUGAAGAUGCCCAAAGUGAAGAUGCCCAAGUUCAGCAUGCCAGGCUUCAAAGCAGAGGGCCCAGAAGUGGAUGUGCACCUGCCCAAGGCUGACAUCGAUGUCUCCGGACCCAAGGUUGACAUUGAAGCCCCAGACGUGAGCCUUGAGGUACCAGAAGGGAAGCUGAAGGGCCCCAAGUUCAAGAUGCCUGACAUGCAUUUCCAUGCCCCCAAGAUCUCCAUGCCUGAUGUGGACUUACACUUGAAAGGCCCCAAAGUCAAAGGCGAUGUCGAUGUGUCUGUGCCGAAACUGGAGGGAGAUUUGAAGGGCCCCAGGGUGGAUGUGGAGGUGCCUGACGUUGAUCUCGAAUGUCCUGAUGCAAAGUUGAAAGGGCACAAGUUUAAGAUGCCAGACAUGCACUUCAAGGCCCCCAAGAUCUCCAUGCCUGAUGUGGACUUCCACUUGAAAGGCCCCAAAGUCAAAGGGGAUGUGGAUGUGUCAGUGCCCAAGAUAGAAGGUGAAAUGAAAGUGCCAGAUGUGGACAUAAAAGGGCCCAAAGUGGACGUUGAUGUCCCAGAUGUGGAUGUGCAUGGACCAGACUGGCACCUGAAGAUGCCCAAGAUGAAAAUGCCCAAGUUCGGCAUGCCAGGCUUCAAAGCAGAGGGCCCAGAAGUGGACGUGAAUCUUCCCAAGGCUGGCAUUGACAUCUCCGGACCCAAGGUUGACAUUGAAGCCCCAGACGUGAGCCUUGAGGUACCAGAAGGAAAGCUGAAGGGUCCCAAGUUCAAGAUGCCUGACAUGCAUUUCCAUGCCCCCAAGAUCUCCAUGCCUGAUGUGGACUUACACUUGAAAGGCCCCAAAGUCAAAGGCGAUGUCGAUGUGUCUGUGCCGAAACUGGAGGGAGAUUUGAAGGGCCCCAGCGUGGAUGUGAAGGUGCCUGACGUUGAUCUCGAAUGUCCUGAUGCAAAGUUGAAAGGGCACAAGUUCAAGAUGCCUGACAUGCACUUCCAUGCCCCCAAGAUCUCCAUGCCUGAUGUGGACUUCAACUUAAAGGGGCCUAAAAUUAAAGGAGACUUUGAUGUUUCAGCCCCAAAGAUGGAAGGAGAGCUAAAGGGUCCAGAAUUGGAUGUUAAGGGCCCCAAAUUGGAUGUUGACAUGCCAGAUGUAGCUGUGGAAGGCCCAGAUGGCAAAUGGAAAAGUCCUAAAUUCAAGAUGCCAGACAUGCAUUUUAAAGCUCCUAAAAUCUCCAUGCCAGACGUUAAUCUACACUUAAAAAGCCCCAAGGUCAAGGGAGAGGUGGAUGUCGAUGUUCCCAAAUUGGAAGGUGACAUCAGUGGGCCAGAUAUCGACAUUGAAGGACCUGAGGGCAAAUUGAAAGGCCCCAAGUUCAAGAUGCCUGACAUGCAUUUCAAAGCCCCAAAUAUAUCUAUGCCUGAUGUGGACCUAAAUCUGAAAGGACCGAAAAUCAAGGGGGAUGUCGAUGUGUCUGUGCCUGAAGUAGAAGGUAAAAUUAAAGUACCAGAUGUGAAUGUCAAGGGCCCCAAAGUAGACAUAAGUGCUCCUGAAGUUCAUGGCCCAGACUGGCACCUGAAGAUGCCCAAGAUGAAAAUGCCCAAGUUCAGCAUGCCAGGCUUCAAAGCAGAGGGCCCAGAAGUGGACCUGAAUCUUCCCAAGGCUGGCAUUGAUGUCUCAGGACCCAAAGUUGACAUUGAAGCCCCAGAUGUGAGCAUUGAGGGUCCAGAGGGAAAAAUCAAGGGGCCUAAAUUUAAGAUGCCAGAGAUGAACAUCAAAGCCCCAAAGAUCUCCAUGCCUGAUGUAGAUUUACAUUUGAAAGGUCCUAAGGUCAAAGGAGACAUAGACCUUUCCCUGCCGAAGGUGGAAGGUGACCUCAAGGGCCCCAAAGUGGACAUUGAUGCCCCAGAUGUGGAUGUUCAAGGCCCAGACUGGCACCUGAAGAUGCCCAAGAUGAAAAUGCCCAAGUUCAGCAUGCCAGGCUUCAAAGGAGAGGGCCCAGAAGUGGACGUGAACCUGCCCAAGGCUGAUAUUGACAUCUCCGGACCCAAGGUUGACAUCGAAGCCCCAGACGUGAACAUUGAGGGCCCAGAAGGAAAACUGAAGGGCCCUAAGUUCAAGAUGCCUGACAUGCACUUCCAUGCCCCCAAGAUCUCCAUGCCUGAUUUGCAUCUGAAAGGUCCCAAAGUCAAGGGUGAUAUGGACGUUUCUCUGCCUAAAGUGGAAGGCCCUGAAGUUGACAUCAAGGGCCCCAAAGUGGACAUUGCUGCACCAGAUGUGGAUGUGCAAGGGCCAGACUGGCACCUGAAGAUGCCCAAAGUGAAAAUGCCCAAGUUCAGCAUGCCAGGCUUCAAGGGAGAGGGCCCUGAAGUGGAUGUGACCCUGCCCAAAGCUGAUAUCGAUGUCUCAGCACCCAAAGUGGACCUUGAAUGUCCUGAUGUGAAUAUUGAAGGGCCUGAAGGAAAGUGGAAAAGUCCAAAAUUUAAGAUGCCUGAUAUGCAUUUUAAGACACCAAAGAUCUCCAUGCCAGAUAUUGAUCUUAACCUAACAGGACCCAAAAUAAAAGGCGAUAUGGAUGUCACAGGUCCCAAGAUCGAGGGAGAUCUGAAAGGUCCUGAAGUUGACCUCAAAGGCCCCAAAGUGGACAUUGAUGCCCCAGAUGUGGAUGUUCACGGCCCAGACUGGCACCUGAAGAUGCCCAAGAUGAAAAUGCCCAAGUUCAGCAUGCCAGGCUUCAAAGCAGAAGGCCCAGAAGUGGAUGUGAACCUCCCCAAGGCUGACAUUGAUGUAACUGGACCCAAGGUGGACAUUGAGGGCCCUGAUGUUAACAUUGAAGGGCCAGAAGGAAAGUUGAAAGGUCCUAAGUUCAAGAUGCCUGAGAUGAACAUCAAGGCCCCCAAGAUCUCCAUGCCUGACUUUGACAUGCAUCUGAAAGGUCCCAAAGUAAAGGGUGAUGUUGACGUUUCUCUGCCUAAAGUUGAAGGCCCUGAAGUUGACAUCAAGGGCCCCAAAGUGGACAUCGAUGUCCCAGACGUGGAUGUUCACGGCCCAGACUGGCACCUGAAGAUGCCCAAGGUGAAAAUGCCCAAGUUCAGCAUGCCAGGCUUCAAAGGAGAGGGCCCGGAAGUGGAUGUGAACCUGCCCAAGGCUGACAUCAGUGUCUCAGGACCCAAGGUGGACAUCGAAGGUCCUGACGUGAAUAUCGAAGGCCCAGAUGCGAAACUGAAGGGCCCCAAGUUCAAGAUGCCUGAGAUGAACAUCAAAGCUCCGAAGAUCUCCAUGCCUGACAUUGAUCUGAAUCUGAAAGGCCCCAAAGUGAAAGGUGAUGUGGACGUGUCUUUACCAAAAGUGGAAGGUGAGAUUAAAGUUCCUGAAGUGGAUAUUAAAGGCCCUAAAGUGGACAUUGAUGCCCCAGAUGUGGAUGUUCAUGGCCCAGACUGGCAUCUGAAGAUGCCCAAGGUGAAAAUGCCCAAGUUCAGCAUGCCGGGCUUCAAAGGAGAGGGCCCAGAAGUGGAUGUGAACCUGCCCAAAGCUGACCUUGAUGUCUCAGGACCCAAGGUGGACAUUGAAGGUCCAGAUGUGAAUAUCGAAGGCCCAGAUGCGAAACUGAAGGGCCCCAAGUUCAAGAUGCCUGAGAUGAACAUCAAAGCUCCGAAGAUCUCCAUGCCAGAUUUGGACCUUAAUCUUAAAGGCCCUAAAAUGAAAGGAGAGGUGGAUGUUUCACUUCCAAAUGUAGAAGGUGAUUUGAAAGGGCCUACUCUUGAUAUCAAGGGCCCGAAGGUAGAUCUAGACGCUCCGGCUGUUGACAUUCAUGGUCCAGAAGGCAAACUAAAAGGCCCCAAAGUGAAGAUGCCUGACAUGCAUGUAAACAUGCCCAAGAUCUCCAUGCCAGAAAUUGACCUGAAUUUGAAAGGUUCAAAGCUUAAGGGAGAGGUUGAUGUUUCUGGGCCCAAAUUAGAAGGUGACAUUAAAGCUCCCAAGUUGGAUGUAAAGGGCCCAGAAGUGGACAUUUCUGGUCCUAAGCUCAAUAUUGAAGGCAAGUCAAAGAAAUCUCGUUUUAAGCUUCCCAAAUUUAAUUUUUCGGGCUCCAAAGUCCAGACACCUGAGGUGGAUGUCAAAGUUAAAAAGCCAGAUAUUGAUGUAACAGGCCCGAAAGUUGACAUCCACGCUCCUGAUGUCGAAGUCCAAGGAAAAGUAAAAGGCUCCAAGUUCAAAAUGCCUUUCCUGAGUAUUUCAUCCCCUAAAGUUUCUAUGCCUGAUGUAGAGUUAAACCUGAAAAGUCCUAAAGUUAAAGGAGACCUGAAUGUGGCAGGCCCUGAUGUAGAAGGUGACUUUAAAGGACCCCAAGUGGAUAUUAAGGCACCAGAAGUCCAUCUUGAUGCACCUGAUGUGGAUGUGCACGGUCCAGACUGGAAUUUGAAAAUGCCCAAGAUGAAAAUGCCCAAGUUUGGCGUGCCUGGCUUCAAAGCAGAAGGGCCAGAUAUGUCUGUGGAUCUGCCGAAAGGAGAUAUCAACAUAGAGGCUCCCAAAAUGGACAUUGAGGGCCCAGAAAUCAAUGUGGAAGGUCUAGAAGGAGGCUUAAAAGGUCCCAGACUCAAGAUGCCUGACAUGAAUAUUAAAGCUCCCAAGAUCUCCAUGCCUGACAUUGAUUUAAAUCUGAAGGGUCCCAAGGUAAAAGGUGAUGUGGAUGUUUCUCUUCCCAAAGUGGAAGGAGAGCUGAAAGGUCCAGGGAUUGACAUCAAAGGGCCCAAAGUGGACAUCGAUGCCCCUGAUGUAGACGUUCAUGGCCCAGACUGGCACCUGAAGAUGCCCAAGGUGAAGAUGCCCAAGUUCAGCAUGCCGGGCUUCAAAGCAGAGGGCCCAGAUGUGGACGUAAACCUUCCCAAGGCCGACAUUGAUGUUCCUGAUGUGAGUCUCGAAGGCCCAGAUGCGAAACUGAAGGGCCCCAAAUUCAAGAUGCCUGAGAUGAACAUCAAAGCCCCCCAAAUCUCCAUGCCUGACCUUGAUCUGAAGCUGAAGGGCCCAAAAAUGAAGGGCGAUGUGGACGUGUCUUUGCCAAAAGUGGAAGGUGACCUAAAGGGCCCUGAGGUGGACAUCAAGGGCCCCAGAGUGGACAUUGACACUCCUGACAUUAACAUUGAAGGCCCAGAGGGGAAAUUGAAGGGGCCUAAAUUCAAGAUGCCAGAGAUGCACCUAAAGGCUCCCAAGCUCUCCAUGCCUGACAUUGACUUAAACCUGAAAGGCCCCAAGGUGAAGGGUGAUGUGGACGUUUCUCUUCCCAAGAUGGAAGCGGAUCUGAAAGGCCCUGAGAUUGACAUCAAAGGUCCAAAAGUGGACAUGAAUGCCCCUGAUGUGGACGUCCAUGGCCCAGACUGGCACCUAAAGAUGCCCAAGGUGAAGAUGCCCAAGUUCAGCAUGCCGGGCUUCAAAGGAGAGGGCCCAGAAGUGGAUGUGAACCUGCCCAAAGCUGACAUCGAUGUCUCAGGACCCAAGGUGGACCUGGAAGGCCCUGACAUGAAUAUUGAGGGACCUGAGGGAAAGCUGAAAGGUCCUAAGUUCAAAAUGCCGGAGAUGAACAUCAAGGCCCCCAAGAUCUCCAUGCCUGACUUCGAUUUGCAUCUGAAAGGUCCGAAGGUCAAAGGAGAUGUGGAUGUUUCCCUGCCUAAGGUGGAAGGUGAUCUGAAAGGCCCCGAAGUUGACAUCAAGGGCCCCAAAGUGGACAUUAAUGCACCAGAUGUGGAUGUUCAUGGCCCAGACUGGCACCUGAAGAUGCCCAAGAUGAAAAUGCCCAAGUUCAGCAUGCCAGGCUUCAAAGCAGAGGGCCCAGAUGUGGAUGUGAACCUCCCCAAGGCUGACCUUGAUGUCUCAGGACCCAAAGUAGAUGUUGAAAUGCCAGAUGUCAAUAUCGAAGGUCCAGAUGCAAAACUGAAGGGCCCCAAGUUCAAGAUGCCAGAGAUGAACAUCAAAGCCCCCAAGAUCUCCAUGCCUGACUUUGAUUUGCAUCUGAAAGGUCCUAAGGUGAAAGGUGAUGUGGAUGUUUCUCUGCCUAAGGUGGAAGGUGACUUAAAGGCCCCUGACGUUGACAUCAAGGGCCCCAAAGUGGACAUCGAUGUCCCAGAUGUGGACGUUCAAGGCCCAGACUGGCACCUGAAGAUGCCCAAGGUGAAGAUGCCCAAGUUCAGCAUGCCAGGCUUCAAAGGCGAGGGCCCGGAAGUGGAUGUGACCCUGCCCAAGGCUGACCUUGAUGUCUCAGGACCCAAGGUGGACAUAGACACUCCUGACAUUGACAUUCAUGGCCCAGAAGGGAAACUCAAGGGCCCCAAGUUCAAAAUGCCUGACCUGCAUCUCAGAGCACCCAAGAUCUCCAUGCCUGAAGUCGACCUGAACCUGAAGGGUCCUAAAGUGAAGGGCGAUGUGGACGUUUCUCUGCCCAAAGUGGAAGGUGACCUCAGGGGCCCUGAACUUGACAUCAAAGGCCCCAAAGUGGACGUCGAUGUCCCUGACGUGGACAUGCACGGUCCCGACUGGCACCUGAAGAUGCCCAAGGUGAAGAUGCCCAAGUUCAGCAUGCCGGGCUUCAAAGGAGAGGGCCCAGAUGUGGAUGUGAACCUGCCCAAGGCCGACUUUGAAGGUCCAGAUGUGAGUCUCGAAGGCCCAGAUGCGAAACUGAGGGGCCCCAAGUUCAAGAUGCCUGAGAUGAACAUCAAAGCUCCCAAGAUCUCCAUGCCUGACCUUGACUUGAACCUGAAAGGUCCCAAAGUAAAGGGCGAUGUGGAUGUUUCCCUGCCUAAGGUGGAAGGUGACCUCAAGGGCCCUGGAAUUGACAUCAAAGGCCCUAAAGUGGACGUCGAUGUCCCAGAUGUGGACGUCCACGGUCCCGACUGGCACCUGAAGAUGCCCAAGGUGAAGAUGCCCAAGUUCAGCAUGCCGGGCUUCAAAGGAGAGGGCCCAGAUGUGGAUGUGAACCUGCCCAAAGCCGACUUUGAAGGUCCAGAUGUGAGUCUCGAAGGCCCAGAUGCGAAACUGAAGGGCCCCAAGUUCAAGAUGCCAGAGAUGAACAUCAAAGCUCCCAAGAUCUCCGUGCCUGACUUUGACUUAAGCCUGAAAGGGCCAAAGGUGAAGGGCGAUGUGGACCUUUCACUGCCUAAGGUGGAAGGUGAUCUGAAAGGGCCAGAGGUGGACAUUGAAGGUCCUGAAGGGAAACUCAAAGGCCCCAAGUUUAAGAUGCCUGAUGUGCAUUUCAAAACCCCACAAAUCUCCAUGAGUGACAUUGAUUUGAACUUGAAAGGACCUAAAGUAAAAGGAGAUUUGGACCUUUCCGUUCCUAAACUGGAAGGAGACCUGAAAGGCCCCAAAGUGGAUAUUAAAGGCCCUAAGCUGGACAUAGACACUCCUGACAUUGACAUUCAUGGCCCAGAAGGGAAACUCAAGGGCCCCAAGUUCAAAAUGCCUGACCUGCAUCUCAGAGCGCCCAAGAUCUCCAUGCCUGAAGUCGACCUGAACCUGAAGGGUCCUAAAGUGAAGGGCGAUGUGGACGUUUCUCUGCCCAAAGUGGAAGGUGACCUCAGGGGCCCUGAACUUGACAUCAAAGGCCCCAAAGUGGACGUCGAUGUCCCUGACGUGGACAUGCACGGUCCCGACUGGCACCUGAAGAUGCCCAAGGUGAAGAUGCCCAAGUUCAGCAUGCCGGGCUUCAAAGGAGAGGGCCCGGAAGUGGAUGUGAACCUGCCCAAAGCUGACAUCAGUGUCUCAGGACCCAAGGUGGACAUUGAAGGUCCAGAUGUGAAUAUCGAAGGCCCAGAUGCGAAACUGAAGGGCCCCAAGUUCAAGAUGCCUGAGAUGAACAUCAAAGCUCCGAAGAUCUCCAUGCCAGAUCUUGAUCUGAACCUGAAGGGCCCCAAAAUGAAGGGCGAUGUGGAUGUUUCUUUGCCUAUGGUGGAAGGUGACCUCAAGGGCCCUGGAAUUGACAUCAAAGGCCCCAAAGUGGACAUCGAUGUCCCUGACGUGGACAUGCAUGGUCCCGACUGGCACCUGAAGAUGCCCAAGGUGAAGAUGCCCAAGUUCAGCAUGCCUGGCUUCAAAGGAGAGGGCCCAGAUGUGGAUGUGAACCUGCCCAAAGCUGACUUUGAUGUCUCAGCACCUAAGAUGGACAUUGAAGGUCCAGAUGUGAAUAUCGAAGGCCCAGAUGCGAAACUGAAGGGCCCCAAGUUCAAGAUGCCUGAGAUAAACAUCAAAGCUCCCAAGAUCUCCAUGCCUGAUGUUGACCUAGAUUUGAAGGGACCCAAAGUCAAAGGAGAUUUUGAUGUGUCUGUCCCUAAGAUUGAAGGUACUUUCAAAGGCCCAGAAGUAGACUUGAAAGGGCCAGGUCUGGAUUUUGAAGGCCCUGAUGCCAAACUCAGUGGCCCACAUUUGAAGAUGCCAUCACUGGAUAUAUCUGCCCCUAAAGUAACUGUUCCUGAUGUUGAUUUGCAUCUCAAGACACCCAAAAUAGGAAUUUCUGGGCCCAAAUUAGAAGGCGGUGAACUGGACCUUAAGGGGCCUAAAGUUGACUUAGAAGCUCCAACCUUAGAUGUACACAUGGAGAGCCCGGAUGUUAACCUUGAGGGGCCAGAUGUUAAAAUUCCCAAACUUAAGAAACCCAAGUUUGGAUUUGGGGCAAAAGGCCCCAAGGCUGACUUCAAGUCACCCUCGGUCGAUGUGACGGUUCCUGAGGCAGAGCUGGACGUCGAGACUCCUGAAAUUAGUGUCGGUGGCAAAGGCAAGAAAAGUAAGUUUAAAAUGCCUAAGAUUCACAUGAGUGGUCCCAAAAUUAAAACCAAGAAACAAGGAUUUGAUUUGAAUGUUCCUGGCGGCGAAAUUGAUGCCAGUCUCAAGGCUCCUGAUGUAGACGUGAAUGUUGCCGGGCCGGAUGCCACACUUAAAGUCGAUGUGAAAUCUCCUAAAACCAAGAAACCUAUGUUUGGAAAGAUGUACUUCCCUGAUGUAGAAUUUGACAUUAAAUCAUCUAAAUUUAAAGCGGAGGCCUCCCUCCCUAGCCCCAGACUGGAGGGCGAAAUCCAGGCCUGUGACCUGGAUAUUUCCGCGCCAGGGAUGAAUGUGGACGCACCUGACAUCCACGUUGAAGGCCCAGAUGCUAAAGUCAGGGCACCGUCCUUCGGCAUUUCUGCCCCUCAAGUCUCCGUCCCCGAUGUGAACGUGAGCUUGAAAGGACCAAAGAUAAAGGGUGAUGUCUCCAGUGUGGGCCUGGAAGGACCAGACAUAGAUCUGCAAGGUCCAGAAACGAAAAUCAAGUUCCCCAAGUUUUCGAUGCCCAAGAUCGGCGUCCCCGGCGUGAAAACGGAGGGUGGGGGGGCGGAGGUCCAGCUGCCCUCGCUUGAAGGAAGCUUGAGCGCACCGGGGGUUAAGCUGGAAGGGCCUGGUGUGUCUCUGAAGGGGUCAAGAGUCGACUUGCCCUCCGUGAACCUCUCUAUGCCAAAAGUCUCUGGACCUGACCUCGACCUGAACUUGAAAGGACCAAGUGUGAAGGGAGACCUGGCUGUCUCUGGUGACAUCAAGUGCCCUAAAGUAUCAGUAGGUGCUCCGGAUCUAAACUGGGAGGCACCUGAAGGUGGCCUUAAACUCCCCCAAAUGAAGCUGCCCCAGUUUGGCAUCUCCACUCCAGGGUCUGACUUGGACGUUAACAUCAAGGGGCCCCAGGUGACCGGAGAACUGAAGGGGCCAGGCAUGGAUGUGAGCCUCGGAGGCCUCAACGUGAAAGGGCCUCAAAUCUCGGCACCGGACGUGGACUUGAACUUGGAAGGACCAAAAGUGAGAGGGAGCCUCGGGGGCACUGGGGAGCUGCAAGGGCCCUCCGUCGGAGGAGGGCUCCCGGGCGUGAGUGUUCACGGCCUGGAGGGGAACCUCCACAUGCCUGGCAUCAAGGCCCCAGCGUGCGGUCUGGAGCUGCAGGGGGGGAAGGUGAGACUCCCCACGGGGCAGGUUUCUGGCCCUGAAAUCAAAGGCGACCUGAAAGGCUCAGGGAUCGGUGUCCACGGGGCCGCUCCCGACAUGAGCGUGAAGGGACCUUCGUUUGCUAUGGCGUCUCCUGAGUCCGAGCUUGGUGUCAGCUUGAAGGGCCCUAAAAUCAAAGGAGGUGUGGAUGUUUCAGGGGGUGUCAGCGCCCCAGACAUCAGCCUGGGUGAAGGGCACCUGGGCGCCAAAGGUUCCGGGGUCGAGUGGAAAGGCCCCCAGGUCUCUGCUCUCAACCUGGGUGCGCCCACCCUCGCCGGUGGACUUCAUUUCUCAGGACCAAAGGUGGAAGGCGGCGGGAAAGGGGGCCAGAUUGGACUCCACGGUCCUGGGCUGAGCGUGUCCGGGCCGCAAGGCCACUUGGAAAGCAGAUCCGGAAAAGUAACAUUCCCGAAGAUGAAAAUCCCCAAGUUCACCUUCUCCGGCCGCGAGCUGGUGGGCAGAGAAGUGGGGGUGGAUGUCAACUUCCCCAAAGGCGAGGCCAGCGUCCAGGCUGGUGCCGGAGAGGGCGAGUGGGAAGAGUCCGACGCCAGACUGAAGAAGUCCAAAAUCAAAAUGCCCAAGUUCACCUUCUCCAAACCGAAAGGGAAAGGCGGCGUCACCAGCUCGCCAGAGGCCUCCAUCUCGGGGUCCAAAGGGGACCUGAAGAGCUCGAAGGCCAGCCUGGGCUCUCUGGAAGGAGAGGCGGAGGCCGAGGCAUCUUCGCCCAAAGCCAAGUUCUCCUUGUUUAAAAGCAAGAAGCCGCCGCACCGCUCCAACUCCUUCAGCGACGAAAGAGAGUUCUCGGCGCCGACCACGCCCACCGGGACUCUGGAGUUCGAAGGCGGCGAAGUGUCGCUGGAGGGCGGGAAGGUCAAAGGGAAACACGGGAAGCUGAAAUUUGGUACCUUUGGUGGAUUAGGGUCAAAGAGCAAAGGUCAUUAUGAGGUGACUGGAAGUGAUGACGAGGCAGGCAAGUUACAGGGGAGCGGAGUGUCCUUGGCCUCUAAGAAGUCCCGACUGUCCUCUUCCUCCAGCAACGACAGCGGGACGAAGGUCGGCAUCCACCUGCCCGAGGUGGAGCUGGCCGUGUCCACAAAGAAGGAGUAGCCGGCCUCUGUGUACAUACAUGUAUAAAACGCGACAGCCUUGGUGUGUUUGUAUAUAACCUCAGAGAGCAGCACGCCCGCAGCUCAGCAGCAACGCCGAGAGCUGGCCUCGCAGGGCAGGUGCUGGCCGGCCCGCCGCCCGGGCCCUGGGAGCUCCCGACGCCUCAGAGUCCCAGGUCUGUCCAGCCGCGUGCAGAGUCAACAGUAUUUGCCUUAAGAUUUCUCUUAUUUUUAUUUUUUUGCAUUGAACGCGGAGAACUCCUGUUUACUAUGCAAGCUUUUGUGUUUAUUACCCUUAUUGUUACUGAACGUGGGUAGCGUUGGGGUCACCGGAAACCCACUUACUUUUCUCAUUGCAAUGACUUUGCGGGUUUUCGUUAGUGAGGGUGGGGUGGGGGAGAAGGCAGUAAAGGGAACCAGACCCCCGUUUCUCCUAAGAUUGGGUCCACUCAAACAGCAAGCCCCCCACGAUGGCCAAGAGGAGCGGGCGGGCGGGGCCUGGGGGUGUUUCUUGAGAAACCCUGAGCAUUGCUGUCCCCCCCGCGUGGGUGUCCCGCCUGCCUGGUGCUCAGGGUGAGAGGGAGUUGGAAUCUGUGUGCAGUUGGGCUGGCCCUCGGCGCCCGCGGGGCUUCCCUUCUGCGCAUGGUGAGGGGAGCGUUUUCUUCAUGGCCACCCUGUUUCCGAUACUAGUUCUGGUUUCUUUUAACAAAUGUUACCGUGAUUAAGACCCCCCCCCCCCCCCCCGCACUUUAAUGGCAACUUAAUUAAGAAUGUAAGAGAAUUGAUGCUGUCAGAGGCAAAUAAAGCUGUUUAUUAACCUGA